UGCUUUUCUAAAUUGAUUGUAAAAAAACUGACCCAAAAAAUCUCUGGCCCAUGAAGCUAUGAAAGCUUUUCUGGUCUUGAGAAAAGAGAAGAGCAGCAGGAAAUUCGGGAACUCCUAUAUAUGCUUGAAGAAAUAUUUCUGCUACCUGCAAAUUCAAUAGAAAAACAUAUUCCUCCAAUAAAUGCUACAUGUAACUCAACCACAUUACCUUUCUCGUUGUUAGUUUUUUCUUCUUUGAAUUUUCAUUGUCGUUGUUAAUGGAGACGCUUGUGAUGUUUGUAUGCGUUGUGUUUGACAAAAUUCCCAGCUGAAAUGUGCCAAUUUCUUUCCUGAAGCUGCUCAUUGAAUGUGCAAAAGGAAGCUGAUUCAGGGGCAAAAAGAUUUGUUUGUCUGUCCACCUAACUAGCGCUGAAGGGAGAAAGGAUACAAGAUGAGCAUCUGGAUGAUACAACAUCUACGUGGACAAGAUGAGAACAGUAAGCCCAACAAGCGACCACCCAAUCCUCCGACUAGUACAAAAAUGCAAAACCUUAGAUACCUUCAGAGAAAUCCAUGCCCAAAUGAUCACAACUGGCCUCAUCCUCCACACUUACCCUGCCAGCCGUAUUCUCCUCUUAUCUUCUACUCUUGCUACCUUAUCCUACACAAUGACCAUCUUCAACCAAGUCCCAAACCCAAGCAUCUUUCUCUACAACACCCUAAUUUCCUCCCUCACUCAGAAAGAUCAUGCUCAAGUUGCUCUUUCUCUUUAUGAUCAGAUUCUCACUCACCCCAACCUCAAACCAAAUAACUAUACAUUCCCAUCUCUCUUCAAGGCUUUUGGGGCCCACCAAUGGUUCAGACAUGGCCAAGCCUUACAUGCUCAUGUCCUAAAAUUCCUUUACACCCCUUAUGACAACUUUAUUCAAGCCUCAUUGCUUAAUUUUUAUUCAAGAUGUGGAAGAGUAGGUAUUGGGAGAUAUUUUUUUGAUCAAAUUACAGAACCUGAUCUAGCCACAUGGAACUCUAUACUAUCUGCUUAUGCUCGCAAUUCUAGUGUCAGCUUUUUGGGUAAUGCUGGUCAUUUAGAUGGAGAUACUAGUUCAUCACUGGAGGUGUUGAAUUUGUUCAGCGACAUGCAGAACUCUUUAGUGGAGCCGAGUGAAGUGACAUUAGUGGCUGUAAUUACUGCAUGUGCUGACUUAGGUGCACUCAGUCAGGGAAUCUGGGCUCAUGCUUAUAUAACUAGAAAAAAUCUUAGCAUCAAUCAUUUCGUUGGAACCGCUUUAAUUACCUUGUACGCAAAUUCUGGCUGUCUUAGACUUGCUUGGCAAUUAUUCUACCAACUGCCUCAUAGGGACACAUUUUGUUUCAAUGCCAUGAUUAGAGGACUUGCGGUCCAUGGUCUUGGGCAUCACGCUCUUGAUUUAUUUGAGACAAUGAAGCAAGAGGGCUUCGUCCCCGAUGAUGUCACAAUAUUAGCUGUAAUGUGUGCUUGCUCGCAUGUUGGACUGGUGGAUGAAGGACGCAAAUAUUUCGAGUCAAUAACCAGCAUCUAUGGACUUGAGCCUAAACUUGAGCAUUAUUGUUGCCUUGUGGAUCUUUUGGGUCGAGGUGGGCUCGUCAAGGAAGCUGAAGAAAUGGUUUUUACCAUGCCCAUGAAGCCAAAUGCAAUUUUAUGGAGGUCUUUACUUGGUGCCGCUAGAGUCCAUGGAAAUCUAGAGAUAGGAGAAGUUGCAUUAAGGAAACUAAUAGAGUUAGAGCCAGAGACUAGUGGGAACUACGUGCUUUUAUCAAACAUGUACGCAUGCAUGAACAGAUGGGAUGAUGUGAAGAGAGUUCGGCAGUUGAUGAAAGAUCAUGGCAUCGACAAAACACCUGGAAGUAGCCUAGUUGAAGUUGAUGGAUCAAUGCAUGAGUUCCUUAUUGGUGACAGGAGUCAUCCUCUUGCUGAAGAUAUAUAUUUAAAGCUAGAAGAGAUGAACAUAAAGUUACAAGAAUACGGUCAUCAGCCAAGAACUAGAGAAGUGUUAUUCGACAUUGAAGAGGAAGACAAGGAAGAUGCUCUCUCAUAUCACAGUGAAAGACUAGCAAUUGCUUUUGCUCUUAUUGCAUCUGAUUCUUGUGCACCCAUCAGGAUUAUAAAGAAUCUUCGUGUUUGUGUCGAUUGUCAUUCCAGUACUAAACUUCUUUCACUGAUAUACAAAAGGGAGAUUGUGGUUAGAGACAGGACCAGGUUUCAUCACUUCUACAAUGGCACUUGCUCUUGUUUGGACUAUUGGUAGAUAAAAAUGUUGUUUUGUUGACAACUAUUUGUUCCCCCCACCCACCACCUCUGUUGUCCAGUCAACUUGAUGGGCGCGGGCCACGGUGGUGGCCGCGGCGGCGGUGGUGCUGGCGGCUAUUGUUUUUCUUAAUCUUCUUUCUAAUGAAGAUAAUGUAAUCCCUAAUGUAAGCUUUUUCAAAUUCAAUAAUAAUAAUAUUGU